GCAGAGAAGAGCCGCGACAGUCGCGCCGUAGUUCUGUGGUCGCGCUGGCUGCUCCGCCGUUCCAGUCAGUUCCUCCUCCACCGGCGCUCGCCCUUCUCCAUCCGUCAACGCCCUCUCCUUACCUUCUCACAUCGGGCCGCUCGUAACUAGAGUAUUCGAGAACAAUCUACAUUCGAGAACAAUCUACUCGCAACAUCGACGCAUCGGAGGACGCACCGCUAUGAAUACAAACAUCGCGGCGACGUCGGCGACGAAAAGCAGCGGCAGCGUUUGGAAGCUCCGAGUGGAGCAUUUCAAACCAGUUGAGUUCCCGCUCGACGACACCGGAUCCAGUCCAUUGCAAAAUUGGUCUCCCUCCCAAGUACAAAACAAGCAGGUGGAUGAACCUGUUCAACCCCUGGUGCCGUCAAUAAGCGUAUACAAUGAGAACGUCCACUACCAUAUCUUCACGAACUGUACCAUAGAAGAGCGUCACAGUCGGCCUCCCUACCGCGCUGGACGUGAUCGCAGCCCCAUCAACGAGCGUCGAGCAGGAAAUUCCAGGCGUCGGACUGAGUUUCAGAUUAUAGAAGAUUCAAGACGCUCGACAGCCAGACGAGGAAAUUUGGAACAGCGCACGAGCGAACGUGAACACAUUGCUCGUCGCUGGGAGCAUGAUCGCUAUGACCCCGGUUAUGGACACGGUAGUCACCGGGGCACCACCCGUCAUCGCCAGGAAUUGUUUCGCGAACGAAUUACCGGCUCAUGGAAUUCUCCUACUAGGCAGUAUUAAACCGCCUACGGUGAUAUGCUGUUCAGAAUCGAGCAACGCGUUAGGUGGUGGUGGUGGAAGGACUUAUUCAGAAAAAUACGAGAGUUGACACCCGAAAGGGGGUGGGGGGAGGGUGGUACACCUAGGUUUUACUUCCUAGUUAUAAGUCUUCGUCCUAAUGACACGUUUCCUCCGCUACUGAAGCGAUCAGUUUAGACAGUGACGAAUUGAGUGAUGUUCCAGAUGUCAUAGUUUAAGCGACGUUACGGCUCUCGAAGCCAGAUAAUUCUUUCGAUCUGCGUUGUGUCUUAGUGGUAUUGCUCCUCUACAAGGCGCCAGUGGUAAUACGAAUCGCUGCCUGGUGCACAGCUUUGCUUUCUUCGUUCGGAAGAUCUUUGUUGUCGCUCCUAUUGCGAUUACUGAUAGAGAAAUGCUUAAGACACAAUUGGGAAAACAUCACUGCUGUACGUCAACAGCAGGUGCUAAUGCAAUAAUCUAGUAAUGAAGUUCAACUUUCGAAAGCAACAUACGGUGCAUGAUAGACACCGUAGCGCUUGAGUGGACAGCUCUGGAUUAUUUCGACCUCCUGGGAUUCUUUAACGAGCAUGUAAAGCCGAGUACACUAGGCUUUAGCGUCUGGUCACAGUCAGAAUGAGGCCACGGUGGCCGUGAAUUACACCUGAAAGUUUGUGCUCAGCGUCUCAAUGUCGUCACUGCUGAACGAGGUCGGCGGAUUGGGUAAUAUGACGUUGGAAUGAAUCGUUGUGUAGGAAGCAUGCUGAACACGCGAAAAUCAUUCACCAGGCCCGGUGAAUGCGUUUCUUAUUGAGAUACGGCUCGUCAGUUUUGGUUUUGUGUAUAUUGGUAUUCGCAAUUCACAGUGAAUUGUCAUUGGUGCUUCGAAAAUGCGGUACGUUUCAAUAAAUGUUUUUUUUCCUCGUCA